UAUCCUCUUUAUUCCACUCAUUCUACAAGGACUGAUCACGUCGCCACCUACCAUUUGUCCGUUUACUCUCCGUUUCAACGAUCCCUUUGAAAGGGGACGAAAUGUUUAGUCAUUGUGAGAAGAUGAUCAUCUCUCCUUCCCCUAACGAAUGGCCACAGAAGAUAGAUGAGACGGGGUUGAUAGCUUCAAGAGGUGGUAGGGUAAUGGAGAAACCAGUAGGGCAAGAAGAACAAGCACUGAAAUGUCCUCGUUGUGACUCCUCAAACACUAAAUUUUGUUACUACAACAACUACAGCUUAUCCCAACCCAGACACUUCUGUAAGGCCUGUAAGCGUUAUUGGACUAGAGGUGGAACUCUUCGUAAUGUACCGGUCGGUGGCGGCUACCGCAAGAACAAGAGGGUUAAGAGGUCUUCAUCCAAUGAAGUUUCUUCUUCUCCAACUCAAUCCCCUUCUCCUCUAUUAUAUGGCGUAUCUGGUAUGAGUGCUCCUCUCUCAGACAUUAAUAACCUCCAUUUUCCAAGCUUCCAAGAUGUGGUUUAUACAAGUCCUCUUGUUUCAAGCUAUUCUCUACUUGGAUCUUCUUCUUCUCCUUCAACGGCUUCUUUGAUUGCUUCUAGCCUUCAUCAACAGCAAAAGCUUAUGCAGCUGGGUGGGAUUAAAGAUAGGACACCUGGUAAUAAUUAUUUUCAGGCCUUGUUACCCUUUGAGGAUCUCCAAAUGGAAAUGAAGUUAGAAGCAGGGGAAAACAACCGAAUCUCAUGCCAGAAUCCAAUUGGAACGGCGACCGCCGAUCCGUCUCUCUACUGGAAUACCACUAGUGUCGGAGCUUGGGCUGAUCUCAACAACUUCGGAUCUUCAGUCACCUCUUUAAUUUGAGCUACCAAAAUUAAGACCAAUCUUAGUUUCUUGUUUCUUUUUCAACAUUUGGGUCUUUGUUUUUAGUUAGGUUUUUGUUGGAUAUUGGUGGCCAGAGUGUGUGUGUGUUUGUGUUGGGGGGGGGGGUUGAAAGGGGAUACUGAAACAAGAAAUUUAGCAUCAGAGGUUCUAUUGGGAGAAGAACGGAUCGGAGUGAUCAUGUCAGUAGCAAACACCACAACCUGUUGUUUUCCUUUUUAGGUUUUCAAUGGUUGAAGGGAAACAGUUUGCUCUGAGAGGAACCUCGGAUCAUCUUUCUCUCAUGGUCUACCAGCAUCAUCAUCAUCAGCAGCAGCAGUAGCAAAGUUUGAGCACACUGUUCAUGAAGGGUACUUUUUAAUUAGCAAAGGAUUCAUGAGAUGAGCAGUUCAAGAAUGCAUUUAUUGGAGAAGUAUUUUGGUCUUCUUUGAAUGCAUAUAUGCAUCUCAUGCUUUCUUUUCCAAUGUUUGUAUGUUUAGGUGGUGGUGUAUUGUUGUUACAUUUUGCAGUCCUAUAAAAAAGAAAGAUCAGAUAAGGGAACUCAUAAUUUCUUUUCCUUUUUUUUUUCCCCUGAAAUAUUGUUUUGAUUUAGGGGAGGGGUUGGGUAUAGUAACAUAAAAGAGAGGGAGAUUUCUUAUUGCAAUGUUGUUGUCUGGUUUCUGUGGUCACAGUCAUUGUUAUCCUUAUAUUUUAUUUUAGAUUUUUCUUA